AUUGUGGGAGCUGCAGAUGGACAAUAUCAUCGAUUUGGAUAUAUUAGAGGAGCCUUCACUUUGUUUCAGUUCCCUUAAUAAAUCGUGUUUGAAGACUGAUUAUCCUCUGGAAGUCCGGGUUUUGCUCUACAUCCUCUUUAGCACUUCUUCUCUUAUUACUGUGAUCGGAAACCUGCUUGUGAUCAUAACUGUCGUACAUUUCAGACAAUUACGCACAUCAACUAAUUACCUCAUUCUCUCUCUGGCUGUUGCUGAUCUGCUUGUAGGAGGAAUGGUGAUGCCUCCUAGCAUGAUACGCUCUGUGGAAACUUGCUGGUAUUUAGGAAGCACCUUUUGUAAAAUACACAGCAGUUUGGAUGUCACCGUGUGCACUGCGUCCAUUUUAAACCUGUGUAUUAUUUCAUUAGAUCGAUAUUACGCUGUAUGUCAUCCGCUUCUGUAUCACAGUAAAAUGACUCCGACUACCAUUAGAUUCAUGAUCAUAGUGUGCUGGGGCAUUUCUGCAGCACUCGGGUUCGGGAUGAUAUUUAUGGAACUCAAUAUUCUUGGAAAUGAAGAGUUUUAUUACAAUAACUUCCUUUGUGAAGGAGCAUGUAUGGUUUUUCAAGCUAAAGCGGCAGCCAUAGUGUUUCCUAUGCUAUGUUUUUACAUCCCUGCAGUAAUCAUGCUAUGUGUGUAUAUGAAAAUCUUUCGCACUGCAAAAAGACAAGCUCGUGCAAUUCAAUCCACGAAUGCGAAGUCAAAGACAGCCGAGGAAAAAUCCGGUAUGAGCAAGUCAGAAAGGAAGGCCACAAAAACGUUAGCCAUAAUCGUGGGAGUUUUUCUGACCUCCUGGGUGCCGUUUUUUAUCUGCAACUGCAUCGAUCCAUUUACAGGAUAUUCAGUUCCUCCGAUUCUGUUUGAUGUUUUCCUUUGGGUCGGGUAUUUCAACUCAACGUGUAAUCCGAUAGUGUAUGCAUUUUUCUACAGCUGGUUCAGACAUGCUUUUAGAGUCAUUCUUUCUGGGGGAAUAUUUCAAGUCAAUUCGUCACACACCAAAUUGUUUUAA